AUGUCGCGGAUCACCCUUGCCUUAGCAGCUCUUCUUAUCGACAGUCUCAGUGGCUUCGACCACCAGUUACAUCACAACAAGCCGGUCUCACUGGUCAUCCCCAAGGGCCCGUUUAUCCUGCAUGAAAGACUUUUCCAAGCUCGCAAUGGAGUGGUAUUCCGAGUGACCGAUUCCAACAAGAACGACUACGCCCUGAAGGCUGUGUCCCUGCCUGUGGACACGGACCAGGAGAGGAAGAUCCACACGCUGGGCCAGUUCAACAGAGAGAAGAUGUGGUUCGGAAAGACCAACACGGUCCAGUGCGCUGCUAUAGGUUCUGCUAAGCCUGGUCAGACCGUCACCUGUCCAAACCACCACGUGCUCUACGGGUUUGGUCACGACGUCAGUGACAUUCAAUACGAGAACGGCACUAAAGUCCCUGUCACCAGUGGUGUCACCAUGGUCGUUCCCAAGGCAUCUGGCCGGAAAUCUGAGGACGUCAAGAACAUAUAUUUCGGGAGUAACAUCUUGAUGCAGUACAUGCCUGGUGGUCGCCUUGUCGAUCUCCUUCAACCAGCAGCAGACCAACAGGGCUACAUAGGAGAGUUCUCUAGCAUGAUCACGAGGUUCCCUCUGUUCCAGAAGAUCGCCCCUCAGCUGGUCACCAGUCUUAGAUUUCUCCACUCGAAAGCCCACAUGAUUCAUUUGGGCAUGUCACCAAAAACCGUCCUAUGCUCCGACACUAAGUGCAGUGACGCGGCCAUAUUCGAGUACUUCAAUACUUGGGACGGGAAGGUUCCCACUCCGAGCACCCCACCGGCGGCUAGCGAGCUCAUGCAGGACUCAGUAGUCCUCGCCACUGGAGCUGAGGACGGGAAAAACUCGGAGACUAAGGAAAUUCGCAGUUUACUGAGCAGCCCUUCCCUUACCUUCGACGAGGCAAAGAGUGUGGACUGGUAUGCCCUCGGUGGCACUCUGUUCAACAUCAUUUCCGGCACCAGAGCAGUGGUGGACGAACGCAAGUUGAAUAAUCCUUCGGUUGCUCUACAGGCCGAGAAGGUCGUGGCCCCUGAGAACAAGAAGCGCAAUAGUGCUGUCCACAUGCUCACCGCGUCUCUGUCAAAAUCGAUGAGAUCUGAGGUGGUCGAGUCGAUGCUCCUGAUUGACGGACUUCUCCAAGAGGACCGUAAGCGCCGUAUCUCAUUCGACAUUGAGGACGCCACGACACCCGCGGUCCAGCAAAAGGAGGCGGUCGCCAAGCAGAGCCUCAGAGCUGGCAGAAGAACGUCCCUGCAGAAAGCCGCCGUCCCUGAUGUUAUUGAGGCACCGAUCCCCCAUGUGACCAACACGACUGGCGUGAAUUGUGAGGAAUAUAUGAAACAAGGAGGAAGUCAACUCGGGAAGAAUUCCCAUUUGGGCGUCUUCACACCUAAUCAUACUCCCACGUUCAUGAAAGGCAUGUGUGUGCCAGCAUAA